UGGGAAAGUCGAACAAGAAGGGCGGAUUGUCUGGCAUCUCAAGGUUUGUCGUCGCCUCGAUGAAAUCCAGUUCUACCGCAGCCGACGCAACAACUUCAAAGCCAACACCAACGGCUAACUUGGACCUAGAGAGUAAGAGAGGUCUCAUUGAAAGGACAGCAGAAGCUCCACCGACGAAGAGAAGGAAAGGGAACGAUGGCUCAACCAUGCUGGAUGAUACCAGCACGCAGACGGAGCGUAGAUGGAUCGAAAAAUAUGACGCGACGGGUUUAGCAGAGCAUUACACCGAGGCCAACCAGGUGCCAGAGCAUCUACAAAAGUGCUUCUCCCAACGAUACCGAUUCUUCUCCUUAUACUCGACGCCUCCAGGAUGUCUCCUGGACGAAGAAGGCUGGUACAGCGUGACGCCGGAACUCAUAGCUGACCAAAUCGCUGAACGGUGUCGGUGCGACACGAUCCUGGACGCUUUCUGCGGGGUUGGAGGAAACGCGAUCGCAUUUGCGAAGACUUGUCAGCGAGGCAUCGCCCUCGAUACGUCACCCACACGCCUGGCCCUAGCCAGACAUAACGCGCAAAUAUACGGUGUUGCGGAUCGUAUCGAAUUUAUACUGGCAGACUACCUGUCGUUUGCAAAGUCCUACCUCUCCCUUCCAUCUACAACCUCAAGCGAAGGACGCAAAAUCGACAUUGUAUUCCUCAGCCCGCCAUGGGGAGGUCCCUCAUACCUGUCAGGAUCGUCCGAAGGCUCUCCGACUGCACCUGCAAGCCCCACAACCGAUCAACAUCCCUCAUACUCUUUAUCAUCUAUCCAGCCCAUCCAUGGAGCGGAGCUGUUCGACCGCACACGGAAAAUUACGCGAAACGUGGCUUACUACCUUCCAAGGAAUACUCGACUGGACGAGAUCGGCCAGCUGCUAUCCAAGGAGGCAGAGAGGACAUCAGGAAGAGCCGCCUCUGCCGCACCAGUAGAAGAGCAAGUCGAGGUGGAGGAGGAAUGGAUGGGAAACAAAUUGAAGGCUCUUACGUGUUACUUUGGAGGGUUGGUUGCCGGGCAGGAGGAUAUGUUCUGAG